AUGGAACAAGGCCUGGAUUAUGAUAAGCUGCUGCUUCAAACUGAUCCACUUGUGGAAGCAUUCGCUAGGGAAAUCGAAUUGUUCCCCAAUGGGGAUCAGGUGGAAGUGGCCAUAAGAAAAGCUCCAGAUAUGACAAAUCCCGAGAAUAGACGUUUAGUUGAGGAAAUUGCACAACAAUUUGAACGAAUCUCCUACAGCAGCGGUCCCAAAAGUACUUCACUAUGGCUACGAGAGUACAUCAAGUAUGCGAACUUGACAGGCUCAUUUCUAGAAGAUACCCGGGAGUCAUGGGUGAUUGGAGUGUACGAAUGGUCGCAGCUCUUUGCUUUCUACAAGUUGUGGUCAGUCUUACAAAAGCAAUAUCUGGGCAAAAUCAAGCCUGAAUUCUGA